AUGUUGGUGUCAUGGAUUCUCAGAGCUAUUGAUCCUAAGGUUGCGGCAUCCAUCCCCUACUUUGAGGAAGCCAAGAAACUUUGGGAUUAUUUGGAGAAGCGGUUUUGCGAGGCUAGUGGCCCUCGUCUCGAACAACUGCUCACUUGUAUUACCAAUUGCAAACAAUCGAAGGCUAUGACUGUUGAAGAGUAUUACACUACUUUGAUGGGAUUUUUUUAUGAUCUUCUCCGUCUCAAACCCCCUCAUGGAUGUGAAUGUGGCAAGUGCUCUUGCAAUGUUGCUGCGAAGUACGAGUCGGAUAGGGAGGAAGAAAAAUUGCAUCAGUUUUUGAUCGGUAUUGAUGAUGAUAAAUACGCUAUGGUGCGCACGAACCUUCUCUCGCAGCAGCCUCCUACGACCCUGGACAGAGCAUAUCACGCUUUUCUUCAAGAAGAGCGUUCUCGUGGCAUUGCUCAAGGCCAUGCCCAACCAGGGAAGGUUGAAGCACAUGUUUUUGCCUUGCCAUCGGAUCGACGGUCUUUGCCUUCUACCUCUCGUGUGGACAAAUCCAAACUCUACUGUACUCACUGUAAACGUACAGGGCACGACAACACUGGCUGUUUCAUCCUCCACGGUUAUCCCGAGUGGUGGCUUGAAAAGUAUGGAAAAAAAGGAGGGGCAUCGUCCUCGGUUAGCAGGCCUGCUGCUGCCUCGUCUCUUUCUGCUGCUGCCCCGUCUUUUCCUCCUGCUCCUGCUACGGCUGUGACUGAUCACAGCAAGCCUAAGCCUCGUGCCAAUGCUGUGGGUACAUCGCUGGUUUCUGCUACUUCCCUGCCAUCGCAAGGAACUCUCUCGGCUCUGUUAGCACUUCAGCCCGAGCAUGUUCGUCUUCUCUUAACUGUUCAACUCUCGGGGAACCUGAUUGGAGACGGUGAACGGAUAGAUGGACUAUAUUAUUUCCGGCGACUUCCUAGAGUAUGUGCGGUGACAAAUCCGGAGAUCUCUACGUUCGAAUUAUGGCAUCGUCGUCUUGGGCAUCCGUCGGAUCAUAUUGUCAAGUUAGUUCCUGCUAUUAGUGCUAGUUCUAGUAGAAAAUCUUUGAAUAAAGCAUGUGAUGUAUGUCCACAAGCUAAACAAUCACGGGAUAGUUUCCCUAAUAGUGAUAGUCGGGAUAGCCGUAUUUUUGAAUUAAUACAUUGUGAUUUAUGGGGGCCGUAUAAAACUCCUUCUACAUGUGGUGCUCAUUAUUUUUUAACAAUUGUUGAUGAUUUCUCGAGAGGUGUUUGGGUUUAUUUAUUGAAUGACAAAACUGAAGUAUAUUCUUCUUUUUGCUCUUUCUUUGCUAUGGUUAAAUGUCAAUUUGAUGUGCAUGUUAAGUAUGUCCGGAGUGAUAAUGGUACGGAAUUCAAACCUAUGCUUCCGUACUUUAGUGAGAGUGGCAUUCUUUUCCAAACUUCUUGUGCUGGCACACCUCAACAAAAUGGUCGGGUAGAACGUAAGCACCAACACAUUCUAAAUGCCAAAGGUGAUAAAUUUUCUCCUAGGAGUAGAAAAUGUGCGUUUGUGGGUUACCCUCAUGGCAAAAAGGGGUGGAAAGUGUAUGAUUUAGAAACCGUUGAUAUAUUUGUCUCAAGUGAUGUCAAGUUCUUUGAGAAUGAAUUUCCGUUUCUUAAACAUGAUGAUUCUAGUGCUACUAAUGUGGGUUUUGCCGAAUUGUCAAAUGCUAAUAUUGGGGUGGACAAUGAUUUCUUGGAUGACUUAGAAUUUGUCUUGAAAAUUGGUAAAAAUUCUCAUGUGCCCGAUAUUGCUACUCACUCCCCUGCUCCUCACACCCCUGAUGAUGUAGCUUCCCCUGCAUCUCCUUCUCCAGCUCGCACUACAGCCCCUGUUACGGACCCUGCUGUCCCUCUUCAAUUGGGUCGCGGUCAAAGGCCGAAAAAUGCUCCGGGAUGGCAUCGUGAUUAUGUCGCACAUACUGUAUCUCUCUCUAGUCCAUCUAUCACUCCAAGUUCACCGUCUACUCCGGGUUCCUCAGGUACUCCUUAUCCCUUAGCACAUUUUGUGAAUUGUAAUAAUUUUUCCUUGCGACACCGUGUGUUUAUUGCAGCUGUGGAUACAAUGGUUGAGCCUCGUAAUUUUAAUGAGGUAAUGCAACAUGAGGGGUGGAAGGAGGCUAUGCGAAAAGAAAUCACAGCUCCGGAAAAUAAUGAAACAUGGGUGAUGGAAAAAAUACCUCCGGGUAAGAAAGCUCUUGGGUGCAGAUGGGUUUACAAGGUCAAGCUCAAUUCCGAUGGCACAAUUGAGCGAUGGAAGGCUCGUCUCGUUAUAUUUGGUAAUAAUCAAGUUGAGGGUAUUGAUUAUAACAAGACAUUUGCUCCCGUAGCUAAAAUGGUCACCGUUCGUGCUUUUCUAGCUGUUGCUGCUGCGAAAAAUUGGGAAUUGCACCAAAUGGAUGUCCAUAAUGCUUUCCUACCCUAUUAA